CAGAUGUGAAACAGACACCUUCACACUUGUUCUUCAGACAGCACAGCGUCAACUGAAACACACUGACACAAGACGCAAAGUAAAGACCAUGAAGGUUCUUGUGGUGUUUGCACUUGCUGUAUUUACAGGUUGCCAGGCCAACUUGUUUUAUGCUGAUGAGCCCAAGCCACAGCUGGAGCAGCUGACAGAUGCUUUCUGGAGCUAUGUUUCAAAGGCAACGCAAACCGCAGAGGAAACCAUCAAGAUGAUCAGGUCUUCCCAACUGGGACAGGAAGUCAAUGCUAGACUGACCCAGAGUGCCGAUAUGGCCAGCGAAUACGCCGUCACCCUAAAGAAACGAAUGGAUCCUCUGACUGAAGAGUUGAUGACCAAAAUCACCAAGGAGGCUGAAGUGUUGAGGGAGCGUCUGGGCCAGGACUUGUCCAGCGUGAGAGACAAACUGGAGCCCUAUGCUGACAACCUCAAGAGCCAGAUCCAGCAGAGAGUUGAGGAGCUCAGGACGGCCAUGGCUCCAUAUGCAGACAUGGAUUCUGAGACCCUGAAGGCCACUCUGCUUCAGAAGAGCGAGGAGCUCCGAGGAAACCUGGAGCAGAGCGUGAAGGAGCUGCAGGCUCAGCUGGAGCCGUACACUACUGACAUCAAGGAGAAAGUGGACCAGCGUCUCCAGGAGUUCCAGAAGACCGUGACCCCCCUGACUGAGGAUCUUCAGGCCCAGAUUAGAGAGAGAGCCCAGAUGGUCCAGCAGAGCCUCACACCAUACGCUGAAGACCUGAAGGAAAAGCUGGACCCCUACGCACAGGACCUGCAGGCUCAGCUCACCGCUCUGUACGAGUCCUUCACCAAGAGAAACUAGAUGCUACCAAUAGACUUUUACCAAAUGCUGCUAAUGUAAUUAGAUUUUAGAUUCAGUUCAAUGUGAAAGUAUGUUCACUGUCUGUGGUUAACACUAACAACUGCAGCUGACCUUACAGUGACCUGAUGGAAGUAUUUAUUAACAGCCAUGUAACAAAACAAAAAGGUCCAAUUAAAUAUGUGCAUCUGUUUUAA